CGUAUCUCCCGCGCAAAAACAAAUGUUUUGACGAACACAUCUCCCCUCCAAAAGACUUUCCCGCCUGCUACAGGUCCUCCACACACGGGCGGGUCCUCCACACACGGGCGGGGGAACACGGCCUUGCCUCACCCUAGCGUGAGCGUCUCACGUGUCGCUGAAGCCUUCCGCUCUCAUCGUCGCACAAGACUGCGCACCGUUCGUAGAGAGUUAUGCAGGAUCGAGAGGAUAAGCGCGCGGUGUUUAUGGUCGUAAGAAGUGUUAUACAUGGUAUUCUAUUCCUUAUGGAGAAUGGCUAGCGGCGACAGCUGCACAAGUGUUUGAACCCGCCGGAUCCCACCUAUUCUAACCAUUUUGGAGCAUUGAAAAAUCGCGAGGACUUCAUUGACUAAGGGCAAGUGGGAAGGUCUACUUUCGUGAGAAAAUUUAUUUGGCGAGGACUGUAUUGAGGGUGAUUCUUGGCAAAGGAUUGAUGCUGUGAGCUAAGCGAGCUUGAAGUAGGCCGGAAAAGGGAUGAGAGUAGAAGAGGUGGUAUUCAGCAUGAGUGAAGGACUGUGGAAGGGAUGGAGCAAGUAUAACAGCGGGAGCGUGUGUGCAGGGAAGGAGGAAUGGAUCAAUGGUAGUCUUGAUUUUGUCAGUCAAUAGAUUUUGCCUGAAGGGAAGUGUUUUGACCUUGCAUUCAUUCUAUAGCAGCCAUCGGGGAGAGCUCAUUGGUUUGGCAUGAAAAGGGGCACGAGCCCGGAUAAAAAUCGUUCCCUAAGUAUGGGUGGGAUCUCAAAGGGCGCGAAGACCAAGCGUACAUUGAGCCAUGCGCCACUGGCAGGUGGCAUGUCUCGGCUCUCAACUUUGCCUGCUGGAGGAGGUGGUGGUGGUGGUGGAGCAGGGCAAACUUCCAGCUCACGGCCAUCCGUUGAUGUCCGUCUCUCAUCAGUCCAUCCCCCAAGUGGGAUUAGCAGGAGGUCAGCUGGCUCUCUUUCGUUUGCCUCUGUGGGAACCACAGGUCGACGCUCAAGUGCAUUUGGGAAGCCUCAGCAGAGCGCCCGUACUGACCCUCGUCCUAUCAAUGACAAGAAUUACCAACAGAAUUGUAUACGUGUCAUCCUCCAGUUCCUUCAGUCUCAUGGCUUCAAUAUGCCCAUGACUGUCAAGCAGCUGAGCUCGCCAACGAAGAUCGACUUUAUGAACUUGAUCACCUUUAUCUAUCAUGUGAUUGAUCCGAAUGAGAAGCUGGAAGGCAAGAUCGAGGACGAAGUCCCAGCCCUUUUUAAGCGCUUGGGGUAUCCUUUCCCGAUCAGCAAGAGCGGUCUUUCUGCGGUUGGAUCGCCACAUACGUGGCCGGCUCUGCUUUCUGCACUAAGAUGGCUUGUGGAUGGCUGGACAGCAGUGGAGCGCUCAAUGUCAAUAACGCAAAGGAGAGAGGAGGAGGGAAAAGCGGCCUUUGACGAGUUCAUAAACAAGGCCUAUCCUCUGUUUUUGGAGGCAAAGGACGAUCUGGUGGAGUCUAUGAAGCAGGAGCUACAGCAGAAGAUGGCGAUCAGUUUCAGUUCAAGGGAGAAGAUGAAUCUCGAGCUGGAAAGGGAAGUUUUGCUGCUUGAAGAAGAAGUCAGAGCGCAAAAGGAGGGGCCGUCCCCAAAGCAGCUUGCACUCACGAAGAAGGAGCAAUGGGCAGAGAAUAUUGCCAAAUUUGACAAGUGCAUUGCAGGAGUGCUCGAGAAGGAGGAGGAAUUUGAGAGAGAGCUUGAACGCAGAAAGCAGGAGCUGGUCGAAAAGGAGGAGGAGGAGGCCAGACUGCUCGCUGACAUCAAAGAACUGAAGGAGAAAGUCUCCUCCCAGAGAGUCACUGUUGAACAGGUGAACAACUGGAGACGAGGUCAGGGGAUCAUGGCAGGGGAGCUGAGGGUUAUUUCUGCUUUAAAGAAAGAGAAGAUGGAAAGCAUUCUCGCAAAGGAGAUGCAGAUUCCACGAGAGCGUGCAAAGCUGAAUGAACUCGUCUUAGAGUAUAAUGUCCUCAUGACGAAACUGAAGCUGAUUCCUGAAACAGCUAAGCAAGCUAAUGGCAUAAUUUUGGAGAUCGCUCUGAGAGAGGAUGCCACCUCCGCUCAAGAGUACUUCAACAUCGACUUAAAAGCUGUCGUCAAGCCACACCUUGCCGAGGUUCUGAAGGAAAGAAGAGCAAAGUGCUGUGCAAAAUCAAGCGAGUUGUCUGCAAUCCACUCAGAGGAGAAUGCCCUCUGUACAGAAAUAGAGGCCAGGAAGGCGUAUAUCCAAUCACUGGCUGCAAAACUGAAGAAACGGGAGGCAGACCACAAACGGGCGGCUGAGAUGCAUCGUGCUGAGAUUGAGGACAAGUUGAAGGAGAUCGAGGAGACAGAGGUGGACAUUUUCAGGAUGCGGAGCGACAGAUCCCUGGAGGUAGAAAGUGAGAACCAUGCAGCCGCAUUGCAAGAUCUAAUGUCUGCAGAGACAGAACUGAGGAGGCGACGGGAGGUCUUGAAAACUAGGAGUCUGACUCUAGUCAGGAAGCACAUGGAUGCCAAGGACAGAAUUACUCAGCAGAUGCUCGAAUCCCGGAAGAAGUUGGAGGACAUGGCAAGGCAGGUCAAAGCUCCACUUGAUGCCGUUUGGGCCCGUGCGCAUGGGGAAUGCAGUGCAACCGCACUUGUGAUGGAGGAGGGUGCUGCUGCUGCUGGAGGAGGUACUGAUCUUCAUGUGUCUCCAAGGGCGCCACCUCACGAAGAGGGGAUUGAAGGAUUGGUUGCUCAGCUAAAAAGCACAGACGAUGAUUCUGCUCUGAUAGCGACAAACGAGAAAGAUGGAAGUGACCUUGCACUAUUUCCCCUUACCAACAACGAAACUCUAUAGCUAUGCAAAGUUGAAAAGGUUUCCUUGUGUUCUUGGUUAUUGGAUUCCACAGA